AAGAGUGGAAGAGAGUUAUUGGAACGUAAAUCUCUCACAAAUUAUUUUGUCACCAGCAAGCUCUGACAGGCGUAGAGGGAGUGUGUUACAAGAAGAAACUAAUAAAAAGAGUGCAGAGCCGAAGAGAAGGGAAGUGUGAAGGACUCUUUUACUCAAGACUGAACAUAAAAGUGGACAGACAGAACAGAAGUGAGGCGAGAAAACCAAAGCAAAAGGACGUUUGCACCUCAUUCCCUGCCGGCGCUACUGUGGUUCACUUUUGGACGCUUCUGGAUGCUCUUUUUAUUUACUCUAUCUGUCACUCGAGACUCGUGGGUUGGAUGUGGUUAGUUUGAUUUGCCUGACACAUUACAUCAUCAAGGGCAAAACGUCAGGGUAUUUUCCAAGAGGAUCUGUUUUCCUUUCAAUUCCACAGUGAAGUAGUGUGUGUGCAGCAUUAGGCAUGUAAAUGGAUCCUCCACUUGUCAUUGAAGAAGUGGGAACAGCUUGUUUGAAGGGAACAUGAGGUAGUAGCUUUUGUGAAACCAAACAUGCUUCUUAUAUUACUAAUUUAAUGUGAAGCUCUUGCUCUGUCCUGAGUUAUUAGAACUUGCGGGGGGUGGUUGACAAAAUUGCCAGUGAUGUAUAGUUUUGAAUGCAGCUUAUUUACUAGACGUUUGCAUGUUAGCUGAAGUAUUUUAAGUCCUGCAAGUCAUCAUUACUCUUAUCUGAUCAUCUGGAGGCUGAGUCAAAGCUUCCGAAAAAUCAAUCUGACCGGCAGGGGAUCCUCUGAUCAAACUUCUAAGGUAAUCGCUCAGCUUUCUUAAGUUGACACAGCCAUUGUCUCAUUGGGAAUGCAGGCAGCAGCAUGCUGGUUUAUUAAUGAGUUAGCAGGACUUGUUUAGGGGGUUCUAUGUGAGCUGACAAACCUUUGGGUUAAGCGCCAAGACCAGGGAAGCCGGCUGUGAGUAGAGUGGAAAGUUAGUGAGCAAACACGCUUACAGGCGUGUCAUUGUGUCUGGACGUCUUUCAGCAGGACUGAAAGCUUGUCCAAGACUAUUUGAGAGUCAGUCCAGACACGUGGAUGUGAACAAGUAUUUCUGUGUGCAACUGCCAGCAAUGAGCCAGCACUAAGGUUGUGCCAAAAGGAUAAAAAGCUAUCUAUUUGCUUGUGUCUGUAUAUGUCAAGGCUAAUUUGGUGCAGCCUAGGAGUGGACUUCACCAUCUGAAUGUUGCUCUGAGACAGCAGAAAAAUCAGGAAUCUCCCUAAGCCAACAGACAUCAACAGACAUUUCAAGGUGCUUUCCAGCAUCACCAUCAGGUAGCAUCACCUCCGCAAAACUAUUGCGUUUGUUUGACGUCAAUCCCAGGUGUCUGACAAGCCUCUUGGCUUCUUUAAAACUAAAUCAAGGACAGUUUGGAUGCAGAUUUGGCACCAUGAGGUUGUUGUUCUUGGCAUUGACACCCCUUUUCAUGGUGGCUGGAACAGAUGGUAUGUCCACCUGUAAGACCCUGGACCUGGAGGUGGUGAAGAAGAAGAGGAUAGAGGCCAUUCGUGGUCAGAUCCUCAGCAAACUCCGCAUGGCCAAAGAACCCAAGGUUGAGAAAGAAGAUGAAGGGCAGAAGAUACCAGAUGCCCUAGUUUCACUGUACAACAGCACGGUUGAACUGAGCGAAGAAAUUAAGAUGAAGCCUGUCCCCGUGCAGCCAGAAGAUGAGGACUAUUUUGGCAAGGAGGUGCACAAGUUCAUCAUAAGGCAAGCCGAAAAUGGUACGAAAUAUCAGAUGCUUUUUAACGUGUCUGAAAUGCGACAGAGUAUUCCUGACUACAGGCUGCUGUCACAGGCUGAGCUGAGGCUUCGGAUCAAGACUCCCACCAUGGACCAGGAGCAGAGGGUCGAGCUCUACCAUGGAGUGGGUGACCAGGCCCGAUAUCUGGGCACACGAUUCGUCUCAAAGGACUGGGCCAAUCGCUGGCUCUCCUUUGAUGUGAAACAGACAAUCACAGAAUGGCUCCAAAGUUCAGAAGAUGAAGUGAGUUUAGAGCUGAGGUUAUACUGUGGCUGUAAAACCAGCAAAGACCAGCAGAGUGCUGAUAAGUUCCUAUUCACCAUAUCAGGACUAGAAAAGCAAAGAGGUGACACUCGUGAUCUUGCAGGAAUGAUGGUGAAACCAUAUAUCUUGGCUUUAUCUUUGCCCUCUAAUGGCAACUCUCUUGCGUCCGCUCGCAGGAAACGAGCUGCUGGCACUGAUGAAACCUGCAAUGAAAAAACUGAGACCUGUUGUAUGCGGAAACUUUACAUCGACUUCCGGAAAGACCUGGGCUGGAAGUGGAUCCACAAGCCCAAGGGCUACUUCGCUAACUACUGCAUGGGCUCCUGCACCUACAUCUGGAACACUGAGAACAAAUACUCACAGAUAUUAGCCUUGUACAAACACCACAACCCCGGUGCAUCUGCCCAGCCUUGCUGUGUACCUGCAGUCUUAGAUCCUCUGCCAAUUCUUUACUAUGUGGGAAGACAACAUAAGGUGGAGCAGUUGUCCAACAUGGUGGUGAGAAGCUGCCAGUGCAGUUAGAGUUCAUCUAGCCGCAGAACAUCCGUUUAUCUCCAAGAGCUCACCAUGACACUCUCCUCUCUCUCUCUCUCUCUCUCUCUCUCUCUCUCUC